AUGGGACUCGGGCCGGCCAAGUCAACGCUGUGGUCGUGGAGCAAGGCCAUGUGGAGCGAUCCCAUGCAAUGGCCGCAUGUGUACGAGGGGUGUCAGGACCGCAUUGGCGAGGACCCUCGCGCCAUGCCUCCUCGCAAUGACCUGCACACGUGCACUCUGGUGCCCCGCAUAGGCAAGCGCAAGACGGUGACUGUGGCAACGACAGUGAAGAAGGGCGACUGCCUGUGGGGCAUCAGCCGACAGCUGACUGGCACGGGGACCAACUGGAAAGCCUGUGGGGCAUCAGCGGACAGCUGGCUGCACGGGCACCAACUGGAAAGGCGGCUUUUCGGCUGCUUCUCAAUCUGUCCCUUCUCUCACUCCCGUGAUCCACCUUCCUCCCCUCCUUCCCACAUCAUCCUUCUCCGACACCUCCUCUCCGCGCCAGACAUUGUGAACGAGAAUCGGCAUUAUUUCAAAAAGGCUAAAUUCGACACUCCCAUUGACGACGACCUUUUCAUCAUCCAGCCAGGCUGGAAGCUCAAAAUGCCAGUCACUGCCCCGCCUCCUCCUGAAGACUGA